AUGCCGCCCUUCGUCUCGCGAAAGCGUCACUCCGAUGGCGCAUCGCCACCACCUCCAGCAAAGCGAGCAGCAACUACGAAGGCGAAGAGUGCCUCGAAGCAAGCCAAGGCCACCUUAUUCGAUGCCGCCGAUACGCCGAGGAAGACGAAGUCGGCAGCAGAGACGAAGAAAUUCUUAGAAAGCCUUGAUGACGAUGAUGACGACGUAUCCCUCAGUGAGGUCGACAGCGACGAAUUCGAAGAUGUGCCACCUGCAAAGAGACAAAAGAUGGCAGCGAACGAUGAGGAACGGGACGAUGAAAGCGAUGAAGAUGACGACGGGAUGGACUGGGAAGACGCGACUGCUCAUCCUGUCGCUUCUUCGUCAAAGCCUGAGCCCGAGAUUGGCGACAUCAGUGUGUCCUUGAAUGAGGAAGGAGGCUAUAUCGAGCCCGAGAUAUCACUUGCAACCGGCAAGAAGGGUCCUUCAAAGCGUGAGCGGCAGUUCCGUGUCCUCACGCAUUGCCUCCACGUUCAAUCGCUCAUGUGGCACAACACUGUGCGUAAUUCCUGGUUGAACGACAAAGAAGUACAGAGCAUUUUGGUCAAUGGACUUGGUGAUGGCGUUAAAAGAGAAAUCACAAGAUGGCGAGAGAACAUGGGCACUCUGACGAAGGAAGAGUUGGAUGCAAAGAAAUCUGCAGCGGCAAAGGUCAAAGCGCGGAAGGAGAAGAAGGGCAAGGAAACGAGCAAGACGAGGGACUGGGGUUACGAGACUGCACAUCUGGAGCAGGGAGUGCCCAAUCUGAGCCAAGGUGAUCCUCUAUUAAGGCUGCUCAAGGUGGUCACAGCAUACUGGCGCAAACGCUUCACUGUGACUGCACCAGCAUUUCGCAAGCAGGGAUAUAUGCCGCUAAAGAGGUUGCGAGAGGAGAUCAAGCAUUGGGAGAAGAAUCGCGAGGAUUGCGAUGAACAUGGCGAACGCAUUGAGAAUAUUGAAGCGUUUCGGAAAUUGGCGAAGUCGUGCGAAGGGUCGAGAGACGUGGGCGCUCAGCUGUUCGUGGCUCUGCUCAGAGGCAUUGGUCUUGAGGCGAGAAUGGUCGCAAACUUACAGCCCGCGGGCACAGGCUUCAGCAAAGCCGAGGAAGCUAAUGAGAAGAAAAGCAAGCAGACGAAGAAGACUGAGGUCAACCUGGACGCCACAGCUUGGGAAGGUGAGGCUGAUAGCACAUCGCAGAAGAAAGCAAAGACAUCAAAGAAAGCGCCUCCCAAGCUGAAGAAUGAGAAGCCAAAUCGCAAGUCCUCCAGAGGCAACAAAUCGGAGCCAAUUCAACUGGAAGAUUCGGACAGCGCUCUCAGCGAGCCACCUUCUGAUUUGGACAAUGCUACACAGGACGACCUUGACCACGACGACGAUGAUGACCUUUCAAUCAUCGAUGUUACUCCGGCCACGCGAAAGAAGCCUGGCAAGAAAUAUGAUUGCGACCUCGCGUUCCCGACGUACUGGGCUGAAGUUUGUUCGCCUGUAUCGCAUAAGUGGAUACCUGUAGAUCCUAUUGUGCUGUCCACGAUCGCUUCAACCGACGAACUAUUGCAAACCUUCGAGCCUCGAGGAAAGAAGGCAGAAAAUGCAAAGCAGGUUAUCUGCUACACCAUUGCUCACAAUUCUGAUGGCUCCGCAAAGGACGUGACAGUUCGCUAUAUCAAGAAACAUCAACUGCCCGGCAAAACAAAAGGCAUGCGGAUUCUGGCUGAGAAAGUCCCCAUUUACAACAAGCGGGGCAAGGUCAAGAAAUAUGAAAGCUACGACUGGUUUCGGACAGUCAUGUCGCCAUACGACCGACCACAGAAAAGGCGCACGACUGCGGACGACCUCGAAGAGCAGACAGAUCUGAAGCCGUUCAAGCCUGCUAAGGAAGUUAAAGAAAUCGAGAAGGAAAGCCUGCAGUGGUACAAACAGUCCGCCGAGUUUGUCCUUGAGCAGCAUCUGCGGCGCGAAGAAGCGAUUCUGCCCGGCGCGAAGCCUGUGAAGACCUUCAUAGCUGGAAAAGGCGACAAGGCUGUGGAGCAUCCUGUGUACAAGCGGUCAGACGUGGUCAAUUGCAAGACUGUUGAGUCGUGGCAUAAAGAAGGCCGCGCAGUCAAGGUCGGCGAGCAACCGAUGAAGCACGUUGCAGUACGGGCAGUGACAAUCGUCCGAAAGCGAGAGAUGGAAGAGCACUUUCGAGAGCACGGUGAGAAGCUGCAGCAAGGACUGUACGGGUGGGACCAAACGGACUGGAUCAUCCCACCGCCGAUCGAAAAUGGUGUGAUACCUAAGAAUGCAUUUGGCAACAUGGAUGUCUAUGUACCCACGAUGGUUCCAGAGGGAGCUGUACAUCUGCCACUCAAAGGCUCUGCGAAAAUCUGCAGGAAGCUGGAAAUCGACUAUGCUGAAGCAUGUACAGGCUUCGAAUUUGGCAAGCAACGUGCUGUGCCGGUUUUGACAGGAGUUGUCGUGGCCGAAGAGCAUGAGAUCCUCGUCAGAGAUGCUUGGAAGGAACAUCAAAAAGAGGUCAAGCGCAAAGAGGACGUCAAGCGCACCGCGGCCGCCUUGCAUUGGUGGCGCAAGAUGGUGAUGGGCAUGCGUAUCGUGGAACGGAUGCGUGCAGAGUACAAUGAAACAUCCGGCGACCCUGAUGCGAGCAACCCAUUCGCAAGGAAAGGAGCCGAGGGUCGAAAAGCGGAAGCCGAUCUGGAUGAAGACGCCGGAGCUGGUGGCUUCUUCCGCCCUGGGCACGACGAGGAAGAGGUUCCCCAGACCUCGCGCCGUGACGUUGAUGCAAAACCACCUUCAGAAGAAGAUGGUGGAGGUGGAUUCUUCGCUGAAAGCGAGGACGAAGCCCCGGAGCACCAUGCUGCCGACGAUGGCUUGCUCGUUGAGGAAGAUCCUGACGGUGCCGACACUUCGCUGCGAUCAUCUGUCGCUGCCAUGCCAUUCACGCCGAUGUCAUUGCAAUCUGCUCACAUGCCGCAGGGAGCUAGUGAGCCGGAGGACGAGGACGAGGAUGACGAUGAAACAGAAACAGCAGGCGGCUUCAUUGCCGAUGAUGAAGAAGUUGACGCGCCAGCGUCGAAGAAGGCGCAUGUUGAAAGACAUGCCGUGUCCAAACCACCGAAAAGCACCGCUAAGCCAAACGGCCGGCGUUCUUCCAGGAAAGCUAUCGUCUCUACAACCACCAGUGACGAAGAUGCCUUAUCCUCAUUGUCAGAGCUUGAGGAGACAGACGAUGGAGUGGCAAGAGAAGAGGAAACUCCAGCAUUACGCCGGGAACGAAGCUCUCCCCAGGUUGUCAUACCAUUGACCAAGAAGCCCGUGAAGCCAGCCAAACGCGUUUCCCGAGCACGAGUCGCGAAAAAAGCAACGCCGACGAAAAGUCAAUAUUUUAACCACGAAAGCGAUCACCAGGGAGACGAGAACGAAGAAGAUGACAGCGAGCCAGAAGUUGUCAAGCCAUCACGCACAACGGCGAGAACCAGAUCGAAGAGAUCCUAGGCCCGCUGUCUAAGCACACUAUCCACGAUUCUGCCAGCGAACCAGGCGUGUCCGCAUAUGUAUGUAUAGCGAAGGAAACCAUGUACCGUCUAGCGACUGUUUCGCUAAUCCAGUUCUG